AUGAUAACAAUAAAAUCUACUUUGAGACUUAAAUUCUUAUACGCGUUGUUAUUUGCGGCAGCUUGCUCCGCUGCACCUUAUAUGACAAUAUUCUUGUCAAGAGUGUUGUUAAUUCCUACAGAAGAAAUUGGUAUUCUGUUUUCCGUGGUCCCUUUUGCUGAAUCCCUUAGUGCGACAUUUUGGACUGCAUAUGCUGACAAAAAUAACGCUCAUCGCAAAACACUUUUAUUUUGUUUAAUGAACGCAAUGAUGUCCAUGAUGAUUAUACCAAUUUUUGGAAGUAUACUUAAAUUUGAGUUCGUGGUUUUAGUAUUCGUUGUUCUAUCUUUAUUUAAUGGUAGUAUAAUACCCCUAGUGGAUAAUUUUACUUUAGGUACACUUAAAAUGUCAGGAAUAAAAUCAGAAUAUGAAUACGGUAAACAGCGAUUAUGGGGUACAAUUUCAUGUGGAAUUAUUUCUUCUAUUAUGGGGAUUUUAACGGAUUAUAUUUCCAUUUUUAUUAUAUUUGUUGGUUAUAUAUUCUUUAUGAUGGGAUCUUUAUUAUUUAUUUAUCGUAUCAAUCCGAGUGAUUUUAAUACAAAUUUUGAUAAUACUGUAUCACUUGAAGAAUUAAAUAUUAAUAAUGAAGAAAAUUUAGAAAGUUUAGAAAAUUUUAAUGAUGUUCAAGAGUUAGAAAUAGAUGACAACAGAUUGUUAAUAGAUCAUCAACCUUCGAAUUUUAGGAUAAUCUUAACUCUGUUAGUUGGAAAUCCUCAAUUUCUAUAUUUUCUAUUUAUAAUUUUAUUAAUUGCUAUAGUCAAAGCGGUAGCAGCGGCUUACCUUUUAUUAUUUCUAUCAGAAUUUUUUAAUGCUAGUGGAACUUUAUUAGGAUUAAGUCAAAUUAUGAGUGUUUCUUUAGAAGUUGUAUUUUUUUAUUUUUCCAAAAAUAUUAUGGAAUCCAUUGGUCCAAGGAAUAUGAUAAUUUUGGGUCAGGUUGCCUUAUUGAUCAGGGUUGGUUUAUAUGGAUUUCUCGGAAAAAUAUUGAAUCCAUGGAUGGCAUUACCAAUUGAACUGUUACAAGGUGUUCUUUAUGCAUUGAUAUGGCCAGCUGGACUUAAAAUUACUCGUAGCAUUUCCCCAAAAAUAUAUCAAGCUACAUCAAUUGGUAUUUAUUCUGGUGUAUUUGGUGGUUUAGCAACUGGAAUCGGUUCAAUUACAGAACGAAUUAUAUUUCGUGGCAAACACGUGCAUCCAUAUACUUCUCUUAGCGUUGAUCAACGUAUGACAGAUAACAGAUUAAAUGAAGGAAAUGAAGAUAUUAAUCUAUAA